AUGAUAAUUUUGCUAAUACUUUUGUCAACAGCUGCCUCUGCAGUAACAUCAUCUGCAAUUUCCAAUUUCAAAAACCAUUAUGAUGAUCCUGCGAUUUUAAGAAAUGAAACAUGGCCUAAGAUAAAUUUUCCCUAUGAAAGCGAUACAACUGAUAGAGUUUAUCUCUGGGAUGAAUCCUCAAAGACUCUUAUUGAUUUGAAACUAUCUGGGUAAUCAAAGUUCAGUGCAUCAUUAAAUCAGCUAUUUAAAAGUGUUAGUACAGUAGAUACUCAAGGAAAUUUAAUUACUUCUUCAAUUAUUGUGACUAGCCUCAAUAGCAACAAAACCAUUAUGUACUUGGCUAAUCAAAAGGACUGCAUUUCAGAAGAUGUAAAAAUUGAAAUAACAGUCAAGGAGUUUAUUGACCGAGCCUUUGAUCCAUAAUAUUAUCCAACAUUCCAUUUUGCAGGUCAGCAUGCACCAGUUUGGGAUUAGGAAACUUUGUAUAAUGUCAUUAACGACGUCAAUUCACAAGGAAAAAUUCGAUCUUCUUUCUUCUACAGAAUAGAUACAGGAUCCUUAAGAUAUAAUGCUGUAUACAGUGACAAAACUCAAGUCUACGAUUUUGGAUAAGGAUAUGUCCAGACUAACUUUACCAUAAAAGACUUUUAGAUAAAAGAAUGCCCUUAAAACAGGUAAUUCUUUGAAUGA